CAGCAAGUGAAGUCAGGAAAGCGUGAGCGAAGGGCAUAGCAGGAGAAGCGAAAGAGAGAGAGAGAAAGAGAGGAAAUAAGAUAAUGAGAUAAAUACCGAAUAUGUAAGAUGUUAAAGGAUAAAGAACGAGAGAAUGAAAGAAGACGAAUAAUACAGAUGAGUUUAUAUGAAGAAAAGAAGAGAAAUUAAGAGUGUAUUGUGGUAUGGGCGGUCUCGAGGUCUCUAACACGUACCUUUAACAUCACGCCCAACGCUCCCUCCCACGCCCACGUAGAGAGGCUGACACGCCCACCACCACGCCCACAGUGGAUCUGAAAGUGGGAGGAGACACUUAGUACAAAGAAAACACCGUGAUUUAGAAGAUGGAGGACUUUAUGUAUGGUGACUACGACUAUGAUCCAAACGCAGAGGAUGUCGAAUAUUUGGAUUAUUAUGAUGAUGAAAUAUAUGAGAUCCCGGAAGAUGAGCCGUGGGAGGAUGACGAUGACAUGGAGUCGCAGUUCACAAUCUCGGAGCUGUAUGAGUACUGUGUUGUGCCAACGGUCACAGACUCUGCACGCCACCUUUAUAAUAUUCUGAUGUGGUCAUUGAUCUUCUCAAUCAGCACGAGAUUUGUGCGAGUUCCUGCAUGUCUUGUGCACCUGAUGUCUGCUGCAUGUGGCUGUGUGGUGGCCUGGCAGCUGUUUGGCCAACGCACUGUCUACAUGGCCUCUCUGACGGGUGUUGGUGGGCUGUCCCUUCUCAUCUCAAAUGCACUAGUGAAAGCCCGCCGCGGACCUUGGACUUGUGUGGCAUGUGUGGUUGUCAUGACCGUGUGCGAGUUAUGGUGGGCAGAUCCAGUUGACUGGCAUAGCAUAAGAGGUGCUCAGAUGAUCAUCCUAAUGAAGGUGGUAUCUGUUGGAUAUGAUCUUGAUGCUCGCACUCUCACCACCUGCCCAGGCAUUUUUGAGCUCCUUGGAUACAUCCUGAAUCCUGGUUCAAUCAUCUUUGGUCCCUGGGUUUCCUUUAAAACCUAUAUGAAGGUUCUUGAACCGGCAUCUUGGAAAACAUGGCCAAUUUUGAGGAUCCUACAGAGUUUGGCAGCCAGCCUUUUAUUUUUGAUUAAAUCCACAUGUGUUAUAUCAUGGAUUUUAGCAGACCCAGGAAACAAAUGGAUGCUGGCUUACAGAGAUGCCCUCGCAUUUCGAACAAGCCAUUACUUUGUUUCAUACAUGAGCGAAGUUUCUGCAUUACUAGCUGGCCUAGAAUUGGUGGGAGUUGCUAACCCAGGAUCAAUUGAGGUUCCACGUUCUCUUGGGGAGGUUGUGGUAUUCUGGAAUAUGCCCAUGCACCAUUGGCUAAAAACAUAUGUCUUUAAGCCAGUUCGAGGGCAGCUGGGAGUGUUCUGGGCACUUUUAUUCACCUACAGCAUGUCGGCACUUUUCCACGGUCUGAACUUUCAACUGGCAGCUGUGCUUUUGUCCUUGGGCUUCUAUACUUAUGUUGAGCAUUCACUCAGAUAUAAGCUAGCAAGCGCCUUUGAUGCCUGUAUAUUAGCUAGACCCUGCCCAGAGAAUUGUGGACAUUCGCAGAAAGGAUGGUCAGUGUUUACAAUCUGUACUAACCUGGCUUUUGGACUAUUGGCGAUGUUUCACCUGGCAUACCUUGGCAUCAUGUUCGACUCUUCACCCCAACAACAAGAAUCGGGAUACAGUAUGAAGCAUACUCUAACUAAAUGGUCUAUUUUAGAUUAUGCUAGUCAUUGGGUUGUCUUUGUCUGUUAUAUUGUUAAUGCUGUCAUUUAAGAUUGAUUUUAGUAAUGAGCCAUUUAUAAAUUUAGAUUUUUACAGCUAUAGGGCAUUAUGAUUGCUAAUAGUUUUUAUACAAGAAGGUAGCUGAUGUAAACUUAUUUAUUUAUUAUUAUUUUUAUUUAGGGAAGAAUAGAAUCUUAGGUACAGACAUUUUUUCUUACAAUAUGAAAGUCCAAAGUGUUGGUUUAAUAUGUACAUAUGUACCAUAAAAUAAUGUUUAGAGAGGAGGAGAUUGGCAAUACUCUGGCUAGCAAUAUUUUAGGUUAAACUGUAAAUGUUUGCAACUUGUUAUAUGCAACGGUGUUACAGCAAAAUGAAGUUAGAAUAUAUCUGAAUGAUAAAUCCUUGUAUAUAGUUUUGUAUUUUGAUUGAACAUGUGAAUAGAACUAACACCCUGUCUUGGACUUGAAAUAUUCCAUUGAUUGUUUGUCCCAGUGCUAUAUCCAUGGACAAGCUUACUGAUUGCUCAUCUUUAAACAAGACAAGUCUAAAACUAUACUUUAUUAAAACUGCUACUGGUAAAGGAAGGCAGUUAAGAAAAAUAGAAUCGGCAUUGUGUACUUGAAAUAAUGCAGAAAUUCACAUUAUGCUUUUGCAUUAUCAAAGUUGUUCUUUCUGUCUGAAAAAGGUGCCCAUGUUCAGUUCAAAGUCUUCUGUUUUUAAUACAUUUCAUAGUUUAGACAGACUCUUUGUUAUGUUACUCACUCAACUUAGCCAUACUCUAUUACAUUUGUUUUACAAGACUUGAUAUUAUUUUAGGUCAUAUCUAAUCUACCUUGCAUUCAAUAGUGAUCUAAUUGUAAACCUAAAAUCCAUUUGUGCUACUGAAAAGUUUGAACAUAGCUUUUCCCUUUCUUUGUAGUUGUUCACAAGUCUCGUUUCUACCUGACUCUUGGAAAAAAGAGUUCAAGUGAAUCUGGAUGAAGGAAAUAUUUGUAAACAUUGUAUAUUUUAUUCUGCCUAUCUUGGCCCGAUUUGUUGUAAGUUUGUUUUUUAUUUGUUAAAGUUGGAUAUUGUGUUAAAUUCUAAUUUUUAUAUAAUUUCUCUCUAUUGAAUGGUUAGAUUAAAUAUUGUGUUAUAGUUAUAUGCAUAAAAGUUUAUCAAUUAACAAAACAAAUUGUGUUAAAACAAAAUUGUAACAGUGCAAGCAUGUGGGUCACAACUGUUGGAUUUUCUUUUACCUUACAUUCAUGUUGUUGAUUGUAAGGUAAUCAAAUCCCAACAUGGUGAUAUUCUGCAGCCUUUGGGUUGGCUAUUCCUUCUAGCAGCCUCCAACUUCCAAUAACCAUGUUAUUGUUCGCAGGUGGUGGCAUCAGCAACUUGAAAAUGAUUAAGGGCAGUAUGUAAAGUAUGCUGAUAAGAAUUGAAAGUGGAUAUAAAGUAAAUAAAAUAUUGUUUUUAUAAUAAUCGCUUUUUAUGUAAUAAUUUAUUUUAAGUUAGAGGGACUGUAAUAAGCUCCAUGUGUUUACUUAUAGUUGCUUCCAUGUUUGUAAAGGAUUGGAGCAGUGGAAUUGAAUCAGAUUAUUGUCUUUUUGCUCUGUGACCAGCAGGUUGGUAAAAAUGUGCAACUAUUCACUGAGCAGCCAGUACAUUCAGUACUAAAAUGAGACAAUCUCUCCCCCCCCUGUACACCCCUUGGAUGGAGUUUUCAUAUACUUCCAGAUGAAGUUAAAUAUGAUGUAGCAAGUUUCACAACAGGCUGUUUGAAUACAUGAUCUGUUAUGGGAAUUUCACAAUAAAUAUAAAAACAUCAAGUGAUGCAUAGCUUCAACUACAGCUCUUGCAUGUUGCCACCUCCUGUAUGCUAAGAAUAGCUGGGGUCCUAAUCAAUUGCUGCACCAGAGUUUCAUGAAACCAAAACACAUGAUCAAUACUUGGGUGCAUUAGGCUACUGAGUUGUUGAACACAUAAAGAGUUUAAAUAUAAUGUGUAGCAAGUUCCGCAUCAAGCUGUUUGAAGAUAAGAUCUGAUAUGAGAGUCUGGAAAAUCUGGUUCUGUCCUAUGGGGUUGGGGUUCUUAACCUGGUGUCCGUGGAUGGGUUUCAGGAGGUCUGGGAGGAUCAGAUAAAAGUAACAAUAUACUAGUGUGUGUUUUUUUAGAUUGUUUACUUUAAAGUUUGAUAAUAGUUUGUGUAUCUCACAUAUGUAUGAGACAAUCAAAUCUCAAUAAAUAAAGUACAUUAUACAGAAAGUUAUUUGAAUAUUUCUAAGAAGGGGGUUCCAUAGCAUUCAUCAGAUUCUUAGAGGGAUCUGUGACUAAAAAGGUUAAGAACCACUGCCUUAGGGGUUAAUGGUGAGGAGAGAAUUAUUGUUUCCAGGAAGUAGCUAAAGCAAACCUUUUAGAGUGCCGAGUGGAGGAAAUAUAUUUUGUAUUAUACAAGGGGACCAGGUAUUGAGUUUGAAAUGUAUGAAAGCAUUUCUGAAGAGAUUGAUAUUAUUUUUUCUUGUUUGAAUAUUUAUAGAUUAAUAAGUACAUUGCAUUUUUACCAUGACUCAUGAAAUAAAUUAUCCUCUUUUUUUUCUUUCAUUAAAACAAUUAUCAGGAUUAUGGCACCAUGACAUCUCAUGUAAAGAUGUACAUAGAGAUCCAGUGUUAUUAGAUAUCUGUGCUUUAUAUAUUUUUAUAUCAAACAUAAAAAAGGAUUAUUCUUCCAAAA